AUGGAGAUGAAGGUGAAGGAUGAGGAUAAGGAUGUGAAGGUGGAUGAAGAGGAGAAGAAGGUGGUGAAUGGUGUGGAAGAUGAGAAGAGUGUGGAUGUGAAGGUGAAGGAUGAGAAGAGUGUGGAGAGUCUGGAGGAUGAGGAGAGUGUGUAUGUGAAAGUGAAGGAUGAGAAGAGUGUGGAGGGUGAGAAGGAUAAGGAUGAGGAGAGUGUGGUGGAGGAUGAAAUGUUACUCACCGAAAUGAGGCGACAAGGAAUAAAGAAGGAGAAGAAGACGAAGGUUGAAGAUGAUGAUGAUUUAAAAGUAUACAACACUCCUCCUAAAGCAACAUAUAUGCAAAAUAGGAGGAUGAGGAAGCUGAAAACAGAUCUCUCGUACACCAACCCUUCUUUGGGAAAAUUGGCAAAGACAAAUGAUCCAUUAACAGUCAAUCCCUUCAAAAAUUUGAAGAUGAGUUGUUGGAUUAAGUAA